AUGGCGGGCAGAGAUAGAAUCAGUGAACUUCCAUUUGAUAUAAUUAACAAGAUUUUGGGACUCUUGGUGAUUGAAGAAGUUGCUGGAAUGGCUGUUUUGUCUACCUUUUGGAGGGGUAUUUGGUUGAGUUUUACACAUCUCAACUUUGAUGCUAUGUUUUUAAAGCACAUUGAGAAAAAAUAUUCCAAUGCUCACAGUGAUAUUAGGACCAAAAAUAAGAAAAAGGAGAAGAGAAACAAUGAUAUUUGGACAUCUGCGGGUUUGUAUGUUAUCAACAAAGUUCUCAUACAACAUAAUGGAUUUAUUAACAAAUUUGUUAUUGAUUUUUCUCAUACCCCUAGAAAUACACUCAGGUCUCGGUCGUUUGACUUCGAUCAAUGGCUUCUUUUUAUCACACAAAAAGGUAUUGAAGAAAUCAGCCUUAGUUUAAAGCGAGAAGAUGGGUACUGCUUGCCGAAUUGCAUAUUCUCUUGCCCAUCACUAAGAAGAUUGCAUAUUUGUGGAGUCUCUUUUAAACCAAUAAAUGCUCAUUGCACAUUACCAAAUGUCACUUCACUUUAUUUUGAAGAUGUUAACUUUGAUGGUGGAGGUCUUUUGGUUGAUGUUCCUACGCUCAACAGUCUGUCAUUUAUUAGAUGUGACAACGUAACUGGUUUUAAUAUUACUGCUCAAAAACUUGAUCAUUUAGCAAUCAUUGAUGGCCCUCUUUACUCGAUUAAUUUGGACUUGACAUAUUGUCGUUGUCUUGAAUUGGACAGUUCAUCUCUCGAGGAUUUUGUUAAUGAAUUUACUAGAAAGCGGGAACUACAACUACAACUAUAUGCACUAAAUGUGCAACACUUGAAGAUAUCAACUAACGAAGAAUACUUGAAAUCAUAA